GAGAAAACAGCACUGGGACAAUCGAGAGCCCUCUGCAGAGAGGAGGAGAGAUCGAGACGGGGAGGGUGGCGAUUGAUCUUUUGAGGAAAAAAAGCUGUUCGUUAUUCCGACACCAGGGCCUCCCUCAAAAUUUGGCGGCCACGCCUGUGUUUGUGUAACACACAAGCGGAUUGCAAACUCGACCCUGAUAGUAGAGGCGCUUUGCACACCAUGGACACUACCGACGCGCCCCAGAUGAUGGAGCACAUCCACAAGUCGAUCACGUUCACACCGAACGACACACGAUGGGUGCCGUGCAGCGCUCGUUUCGUCGUCACUGGGAUACACCCGCGUGCCAAGGGCGCUUUAGUGGUGUACGAGCUCAACAAGGGCAAACUCAAGCUUGUUCAUGAGAGGGAGACGGACGCAGGCAUCAAGUGCUGUACUUUCGGAGCGUCGUCGCUAGAGGACCGAUAUUUGGCUUGCGGGGACUACAACGGCAAGCUUGCCAUCUACGAUCUAGAGAGAAACGACGUCGCGGCCUGGUCUGCAAGCGCUCACAAGUCCAUCAUCAACGCCGUGGAUGGGUUGGGGGGACCGGAGUCUACAUACGGGGCCCCCGAGCUGGUAACCGGAGGAAGAGAUGGGUGUGUCCGCGUGUGGGACCCUAGGAUCAGCGAGCCAGUUGUGAAGCUGGAGCCAAGAGAGGGAGAGACCGCACGGGAUUGCUGGACCGUUGCAUUCGGAAACGCCUAUACGGACGAAGACCGCUGCUUGGCCGCUGGUUACGACAACGGCGACGUCAAGCUUUUCGACCUCAGGACGCAGACUAUGCGGUGGGAGACUAACGUUAAGAAUGGAGUUACCGACCUGGACUUCGACCGAAACGACAUCGAGAUGAACAAGUUGGUCGUUACGACGCUCGAGUCCAAGUUCCGCACGUACGACAUGCGGACGCAGCACCCGGAGGCUGGGUUCGCACACCUCAGCGAGAAGGCGCACAAGUCCACGGUGUGGCUCGCGAGGCAUCUCCCUCAGAACCGAGACCUUUUCAUGACCGGGGGAGGCAACGGCGGCUUCAACCUGUACAAGUACCACUACCCGACCUCGCGUACGAAGAAUGACAAGGAGAAUAUCCCGAUGGGCGUGGUUGGCAAGGUAGAGCUCCUCAACUCAAGGGUCAUCUCCUCGCAGCCCAUCGUCAGCUUCGACUGGAGCCCGGACCGCGAGGGGCUGUGCUGCCUCAGCUGUCUCGAUCAGACCGUGCGCGUGUAUAUCGUCACCAAGCUCGGAAAAUUCUGAGCAAAACUGUUCUAACGUGUACCACAUGUUAAAUGUUCCGCACUCGAGCUCCGGUUUGUAGAGCCUGCCUCGGUAUGUAGUGCCAGCCUCGUAGUUGGUUUUUUGGCGCACACCCCACAGCGGCGGGUUGUUGAAUGUUGUCGGCGGGGUGCGAGCAACUGCAGCAGGCGUUUUCGGUUCGCGAUGGGCGUUGAUUCUUACCGCUUCAAGCUCGGUUGAGUGGGUUGAGAGUCGACAGUGAUAGCAAAGAUAUCGGAGGCGGUUGGCCUACGUUUAUGGAUGCAUGCGGAAUAGCUGCCAGCGCGUCGUAUGUAGUUUUUUUUUGUUU